GCGCAGGUCGGCGCGGAGACGCGUGCGGCAGCCCGGGCCGCGCCUGCUCGUUGCGCCGCGGAGGCCGGCGCUCGCUCUCCGGGCUCGGCGCGCCGGGCUGGCCGGCGCAGAGCUCGGGGCGGGCCCAGGGGCGGGCUGAGCGGCCCCGCCUCCCGCGUGCUGCACGGAGCGCCGCGGCCCCGCCGCGCCUUUAAACCGCGGGCCGGCCGCGCUCGCGGGCACUCGGGGGCUGGCGGCGAGCGUGUGGCGCGCGGGCUCCUGAGGCGCUGCGACUCUCUGUGGCGCGCUCUCUCUCCUCCAGCUCUCUAGCGGGACCGCCGGCUCACGAGCCAGAGCCGAGCCCUAGGCAAGCGUUCACCCGCUCCGCUCGGCUCCGCAGCCUCCCCGAGCGUCGGGAGGAGAUGGAGCCCCGGCCCGCGGCGCCCUCGUCUGGCGCACCGCGGCCCUCCCGGGAUGGGGACGCGCCGCUGGCUGUCGCCGGGGUGGACCUGCCCGGGACUGCCGUGCCUUCCUCCGGUCGAGAGGAUGCUACGGCCGGGAGCCAGGCCGGCGGGGUGCGCGGAGAGGGAGCGGCGGCGGCGGGCGAUGGUCUGGGCAGACCUCUGGGGCCCACCCCCAGCCAGAGCCGCUUCCAGGUGGACCCGGUUUCCGAGAACGCCGGGCGGGCCGCGGCGGCUGCGGCGGCGGCCGGGGCGACAGGCAAGGAGACCCCGGCGGCCGGGAAAGGCAGCGGUGAGAGCGGCGCUGCUAAGGGCAGCGAGGAAGCCAAGGGCCGCUUUCGCGUGAACUUCGUGGACCCGGCUGCCUCAUCGUCCGCGGACGACAGCCUGUCGGAUGCGGCGGGGGUCGGAGGCGACGGGCCCAACGUGAGCUUCCAGAACGGCGGGGACACGGUGCUGAGCGAGGGCAGCAGCUUGCACUCGGGCGGCGGCAGUGGACACCAUCAGCAGUACUACUAUGACACCCACACCAACACCUACUACCUGCGCACCUUCGGCCACAACACCAUGGAUGCGGUGCCCAGGAUCGACCACUACCGGCACACGGCCGCGCAGUUGGGCGAGAAGCUCCUCCGGCCCAGCCUGGCAGAGCUCCACGAUGAGCUGGAAAAGGAACCUUUUGAGGAUGGUUUUGCAAAUGGAGAAGAAAGCACUCCAACCAGGGAUGCUGUGGUUACGUACACUGCCGAAAGUAAAGGGGUUGUGAAGUUCGGCUGGAUCAAGGGCGUAUUAGUACGUUGUAUGUUGAACAUUUGGGGUGUGAUGCUCUUUAUUAGAUUGUCGUGGAUUGUGGGUCAAGCUGGAAUAGGUCUCUCCGUUCUUGUAAUAGUGAUGGCCACUGUCGUGACGACUAUCACAGGAUUGUCUACUUCAGCAAUAGCUACCAAUGGGUUUGUAAGAGGAGGAGGAGCAUAUUAUUUAAUCUCUAGAAGUCUAGGGCCAGAAUUUGGUGGUGCAAUUGGCUUGAUCUUUGCCUUUGCCAAUGCGGUGGCAGUUGCUAUGUAUGUUGUUGGAUUUGCUGAAACUGUGGUGGAGCUGCUUAAGGAACAUUCCAUACUUAUGAUAGAUGAAAUCAAUGACAUCCGAAUUAUUGGAGCCAUCACAGUAGUGAUUCUGCUGGGCAUCUCAGUAGCUGGGAUGGAGUGGGAAGCCAAGGCUCAGAUCGUCCUCCUGGUGAUUCUUCUGCUGGCCAUCGCUGACUUUGUCAUAGGAACGUUUAUCUCACUGGAGAGCAAGAAGCCCAAGGGGUUCUUUGGCUAUAAAUCUGAAAUAUUUAAUGAGAACUUUGGACCAGAUUUCCGAGACGAAGAGACUUUCUUUUCUGUGUUCGCCAUUUUUUUCCCUGCUGCAACUGGUAUUCUAGCUGGGGCAAACAUCUCAGGUGAUCUUGCAGACCCUCAGUCAGCCAUACCCAAAGGAACACUUUUAGCCAUUUUAAUUACUACAGUGGUUUACAUAGGAAUUGCAGUGUCCGUAGGUUCUUGUGUUGUUCGGGAUGCCACUGGGAAUGUUAAUGAUACCAUUACCACAGAGCUAACGAACUGUACUUCUGCAGCCUGCAAAUUAAACUUUGACUUUUCCUAUUGUGAAAGCAGUCCUUGUUAUUAUGGACUAAUGAACAACUUUCAGGUGAUGAGCAUGGUGUCAGGGUUUGCACCCUUGAUCUCUGCAGGUAUCUUUUCAGCCACACUUUCAUCAGCUCUAGCCUCUCUCGUGAGUGCUCCCAAAAUAUUUCAGGCUCUAUGUAAGGACAAUAUCUACCCAGCUUUCCAGAUGUUUGCUAAAGGUUAUGGAAAAAAUAACGAACCUCUUCGUGGUUACAUCUUAACAUUCUUAAUUGCACUUGGAUUCAUCCUAAUUGCUGAAUUGAAUGUUAUUGCUCCAAUUAUCUCAAAUUUCUUCCUUGCCUCAUAUGCGUUAAUCAAUUUUUCAGUGUUCCAUGCAUCACUUGCAAAAUCUCCAGGAUGGCGUCCUGCAUUCAAGUACUACAACAUGUGGAUCUCCCUUCUUGGAGCCAUUCUGUGUUGCAUCGUCAUGUUUGUCAUUAACUGGUGGGCGGCCUUGCUCACCUACGUGAUAGUUCUCGGACUGUAUAUUUAUGUUACCUACAAAAAACCAGAUGUGAACUGGGGAUCGUCCACUCAAGCCCUGACUUACCUGAGUGCACUGCAGCAUUCAAUUCGUCUCUCUGGGGUGGAAGACCACGUGAAAAACUUCAGGCCACAGUGUCUUGUUAUGACAGGGUCUCCAAACUCGCGCCCUGCUUUACUUCAUCUUGUUCAUGACUUCACGAAAAAUGUUGGUUUGAUGAUCUGUGGCCAUGUGCAUAUGGGCCCUCGAAGACAAGCUAUGAAAGAGAUGUCCAUUGAUCAAGCCAAAUAUCAGCGAUGGCUUAUUAAAAACAAAAUGAAGGCUUUCUAUGCUCCGGUUCAUGCAGAUGACUUGAGAGAAGGUGCCCAGUAUUUGAUGCAGGCUGCUGGUCUUGGUCGUAUGAAACCAAACACGCUGGUCCUUGGAUUUAAGAAAGACUGGUUACAAGCAGAUAUGAGGGAUGUGGACAUGUAUAUAAACUUAUUUCAUGAUGCUUUCGACAUACAAUAUGGAGUUGUGGUUAUCCGCCUGAAGGAGGGCCUGGACAUAUCCCACCUCCAGGGACAAGAAGAAUUACUAUCUUCACAAGAAAAAUCCCCAGGUACCAAGGAUGUGGUGGUGAAUGUGGACUGCAGUAAAAAGUCAGAUCAAAAUACUUGCAAGUCAUCUGGUGAAAAAUCCAUUACACAUAAAGAUGAGGAAGAGGAUGGCAAGACUCCAACUCAGCCACUGUUGAAAAAAGAAUCCAAAGAUCCUGUUGCACCUUUAAAUGUAGCUGACCAAAAGCUUCUUGAAGCCAGUACACAGUUCCAGAAAAAACAAGGAAAGAAUACUAUUGAUGUCUGGUGGCUUUUUGAUGAUGGAGGUUUGACCUUGUUGAUACCCUAUCUUCUGACUACCAAGAAAAAGUGGAAAGAUUGUAAGAUCCGAGUAUUCAUUGGUGGAAAAAUAAACAGAAUAGACCAUGACCGGAGAGCGAUGGCUACUUUACUUAGUAAAUUCCGAAUAGAUUUCUCUGAUAUCAUGGUCCUGGGAGAUAUCAACACCAAACCAAAUAAAGAAAAUAUUACUGCUUUUGAGGACAUGAUUGAGCCAUACAGACUUCAUGAAGAUGACAAAGAACAGGACAUUGCAGAUAAAAUGAAGGAAGACGAGCCUUGGCGAAUAACAGACAAUGAGCUUGAGCUUUAUAAGACCAAGACAUACCGGCAGAUCAGGUUAAAUGAAUUAUUAAAGGAGCACUCAAAUACAGCCAAUAUUAUUGUCAUGAGUCUCCCAGUUGCACGGAAAGGUGCUGUGUCCAGUGCUUUGUAUAUGGCUUGGUUAGAAGCUCUAUCUAAAGACCUGCCACCAAUCCUCUUAGUUCGUGGGAAUCAUCAGAGCGUCCUUACCUUCUAUUCUUAAUUAUUCUGCACCAUGGACUGCCCUCCAGGAAUGGUACUUCAGUGCCUAGCGAAAGCGCUGAAAUCGUCAGUAACACCUUCCUAUCACACUGGUGAACUGGGACUUUGUUUCAGUCUUCUUUAUUUGAAAGCACAGGGAAAAGUUGCUCCAUUGGUAGAUAGACGUAGACUUGAGUUCUACUGGACUCCACAUCUCAGUCUCAGUGACCGGGUAGUCUUUCCCGUCGGACUGAAGUUCGUGAGAGUAAAGUUGUCCUUUGCUACUUGAAAGCAAUAAGAGUGUGUUAUUGUUUGAGUGAGGAAAGGAGUACAAAAGCCUUUAGCCUUGAGGUGCCUUCUGAAACUAACCAAAUUUCAUCCAUAUAUCUAUUGUCUUUUGUAAAUUUAUAGAAUGUUAAACUUUGCCUUCAGAUAUUUUUAUUUCUAAUGUCACUUUAAGUAGACACUCCUUUCAUCUUCCAUUGACCAGUUAGUUCUGAGUACUGUGUGUUUUGUAUUACUUUUGUAAAAGUAUCUGUUAGAUACUAAGAACAAACUAAUAAAAUAUAUGGGGGAAAGUAUCCAAAAAAUGAAGCCCAAGUUUAGGUUUCUAUGAGUAUGUGUACAUGUAGAGCUAGGAAAUAGAGGCCCAAAACACCAUUUUUAAUUCCAUUGAAAUUACGUAUUAUUUCUUGUAAAUCUUAGAGAAGGGUGAGGAUCUACCCAGUAUUUCCUAUAUGAUGCUGAAAAGUCACAUGUCCUUUUUCAAGCAAAAUCUGAGAUCAUUUGUAUUAUUUUUUAAACGAUGUGUUCUAAUUGAGAAUUCCUCUCAAAUGUGAGGGACUUUUAAGACAUGCUGACAGGUGUUUUUUGAGAAAAUUUAGACAAAGAAAUGCCAUUUACUAGAACAUUUUCAAUAAACACUACAGGAGUUUCACUAGCCUAUGCCAUCCUUUAUUUUUUAAAAAAAAAUCACUUAAAAUUUUAUCAAUGGUUAAAUGGACCACUGUUUUCUUAGUGGAAAUGGUUUUAGGCUUAAUUUAUUCAAGUGUCAAGUACAUUUAGUCUUAAUACACUCAGGUUUGAACAGAUUAUUCUGAGCAUUGAAUUUUAAUCCAUUCUUAAUACUUUAAACCUUCUGUGUUAAAGAAAACUGCCAGUUUGUGCGUUUGACCUUGUCGCCUACUCGAGCACUUGACAGUGUGAUGUGCUGUCCUGAAGCUUUAUCUACAGUUUUUAAUGUGAAGUUUCUCAUUUUCCAGGGAAGGAUUUCCUGAACACAUUUCAAGGGAUUCGUGUCUUCAUGUCUGUGUGUGUGUGUGCAAUGCCCGCACCAGGUGCACAUGCAUGUCUGUAUGUGUGUGUGCAGUGCACGCACAGGUGCACAUGCAUGUCUGUGUGUGUGCAGUGCGCGCACAGGUGCACAUGCAUGUCUGUGUGUCUGUCACUUGUGUCUCCAACUUGAAAGUGACCACAGCUCAGUAGAUGACAGGUUUUUGUUUUGUUUUAAUAAACAUUGAAGUCAGAUCAAGGGGUUACAGGUCUCAUGGAGGACCAAGACAGUUUGAAGCUCAUAGUGUAGCUUCAUGUGGUUAUCCAGUUAGAUCCAGUGCUGCUGAGUAGGUGAUCAGUUUCAGGAGUGGAGAACAUGCAGGUUUCCGUCAUCUUGAGCAAAGUGUUAGGAAAGCAUUUUCAGUGGUGCAGUACUUCUGCUGCAUGAAUAUGACCUACGUUUAUACCAGCUGGAUGUCUGGUCAUUUCCAUUCAGAAAAUGAAAAAAAAAAUGAAGUUAAGUGAUUUUUUUCUAAGGUUUUUCCCUACAUUAUAAUACAACAUUGUUCCAUUUAUUUCAAGUUCUGCAGAGUUUGGAGGCAAUAUAGAAGUGUCAUAUUCAAUAAACCAUAUCAUGCAUGAUUUUUCUGAAUGGACAAUACGGUCCAGGCUGACUGCUGCUGUCUUGAAAUGAACACAGGUACACUUGCCUUUUAUUUUUAAAGGUUUUUCCCCAUUCAGGAAAACUUGAUUGUGAUCUGUACUACAGAAACUAAAUGUCAUACAUCAUACAUUUGUGUAUAAAGUACAUAAAAUGGAUCUCAGUACACGUAAUAGGGAGCGUUGUUUGUGAAACAAUGUAAGAAGCUUUCCUCUUUUAAAAACUACAUUACAUUCAUUUAACACUAGAUACCAGGUCAGACAUUUUCAAGGUUGCGGUAGUACUCUAAAAUGAAAAGUUUCAACAAUUCUUGGAGAUGCUAGCUAGUAUUAAAGCUAUUUUUAUUUUAUGCUGAAUUUUGAUUCUUUUGAUGCCAAAUUAUUUUUUAGUCCUAAUCAGUGAUAAUCACUUGAAGAUAAUUAUGCAGUGGCAUUUGAACUCAUUGUUAUGAUGGGUAAAGAAUUUGUGGGUUCACAGAGAAUGUUGGUGUUGAUUAUUAACAGUUACUGAAUCAAAUAUUUAUUUGUUGCAAUGUUUCCUUUGUGCUUUAAGUUUUCCUUUACACUCGUUUCAUAUUGCUUUCUACAUGCGUGUUUUUUUAAGACUAUGGAAAUAAUUUAAAGAGUUGAGCUCUGGUGGAUGAUUAUCUGCUAAGUUUGAAAAUGUAAUAUUUUGAUAAUACUGUACUGUUCCUGUCACAAAUGCUUUUGUAAUGUUUUAACCCUGAGUAUUGCAGUUGCUGCUUUGUACAGAAGUUACUGCAAUAAAGGAAGUGGACUCAUUAAAACUUCAA